GCGACUGCAAUGGACGAAAGUGCGGUUGACAACAGGGAGGCACCAAAGAUUGAUGCUGCUGACGAGGCUAGACCAGACUAUAGACAACAACUUAUUGAAGUUAAACAAACCAUUGACAUGACGCAACUGAAAGAAGGUGAAUCAUGGUACUUGGUAGAUGUUCGCUGGUUUAAACAGUGGAAACUUUAUGUUGGUUAUGACUAUUGGAAUCAGUAUAAUGCUGGACAGGAGUCAGCUGUACCAGGUCCAAUAGACAACACUGAUCUUUUCAAGGAUGAGUCCUUUACUGAUUUGAAGCCUAACAUGAUUGAUGAACUUGAUUACCACCUGCUUCCUUCUGUGACAUGGGUAAUGCUGUCUACAUGGUAUGGCAUUGCUGAUGGCCAGGACCCUGUGGAGAGAAAGGUCAUCUCACAAGGACAGUACAUGAAGCAUCUGAAAGUGGAAGUUUAUAUGACUGAUGUGAAGUUGUGCCUCUUCACUGACCAAGAUACAGUGAAGGUGAAGAAAUUUAGCAAGGCAAAGAAAUUAGAAAAUAUUGUCAAGGAAAUGAAGGAGCUGUUCAACGUACAAGAUGGCUUGGCAGUUCGGCUAUGGUCAAAGUACAUGAGUUCAUAUUUUGAACGUCUUGAUCGGAUGGACCUUACUUUGCAAGACUGCAGCAUCUACACAGGCCAGUCUCUCGUUCUGGAAGUAAAGAAUGAAGAUGACAGUUGGCCAAGAGACAAAUCAGGCUCAGAGGCACAGUAUCGGCAAUCUUCAUCUUCAACCAGCUCAGCAAUUGGAAACAGGAGCAGUUAUAACACAUACUAUGGCUACAGCAACUACAGUUCUGAAAGCUACAAUCGUACAAGCAAACCAGGCCUGACAGGUCUGAGUAACCUUGGAAACACUUGCUUUAUGAACUCAGCUCUUCAGUGCCUUAGUAAUACUCCUCCUCUCACCAAAUACUUUCUUGACAAUAUCUAUCGUGACGACAUUAACCGUGAAAAUCCUCUUGGUAUGAAGGGAAAAAUUGCUGAAGCUUAUGGCAGUUUAUUGCUGGACUUAUGGGGAGGAUCUCUUGCUGUGUCACCUAGAAGAUUUAAGACAGAAGUUGGCCAGUUUGCUCCUCAAUUUGUAGGUUACCAGCAGCAUGAUUCACAGGAGCUGCUAGCAUUCUUGUUGGACGGUCUACAUGAAGAUCUAAAUCGUGUGAAAAAGAAACCUUAUGUUGAACUCAAGGACAGUUUUGGAAGGCAAGAUGAAGAAGUCGCUCACGAGGCAUGGACAAAUCAUCGCAAAAGGAAUGACUCAGUCAUUGUAGACCUCAUCCAGGGCCAAUUUAAGUCAACUGUUUUAUGUCCGAAAUGUCAACGGAUGUCGGUGACAUUUGACCCAUUUAUGUAUCUUACUUUACCACUUCCUGUAAAAAGGACAAGACUUAUGAGAGUGGUGCUUGUGAAAUUGGAUCCAAUGGAUUUGCCAACAAAUUAUUGUGUAACUGUGCCCAAGCAUGGUACAGUGGCAAGCCUUGCAAAAGAGUUGGCUACCGUGAGUGGAGUAGAUCAUCGCAAGUUGGUCUUUGCUGAUGUUUACUCAUCACGAUUGCAUAAGAUCUUCAGCUAUAAAGAAAAACUAACAUUGAUCUAUGAUCGAGAUGAUCUUUAUGCCUAUGAAGUUCCUGUAGAACGAGAUGAUGAUCCUGAUACCAUAGUUUUGAAAGUGUAUCACAGAGAACUGAGAGCACGACAGGUGAACAGUUACUAUUCUGGUACUUACAACUACACAUCAUCUUCUCUGUUUGGCUGGCCAUUUCUUGUUGCUGUGCCUCGAAACACUACGACGUAUGGCUCUUUAUACCAGCAUUUGAUUCGACACAUGGGGCGUUAUGUUCGAUAUCCCUCUCAAGUAGCUGUCAAUGUGUCACUAGACAAUAGAGAAUUUGAAGAAAGUUCAACUGCAAGACGUCGUCUUUUAGAUAUUGCAAAUGAUGAUGAAAGCAAUGAGACAGAACCAAAUGGGAGUGGUAUUGGUGUGGAGGCAGUGAGUGCUCAAGACAAUAAUGGGGCUGACAUGGCAGAAUCAUUUCAAGGCAACAAUAGCAAUGGACUACUUAUGAAUCAUGACAAUGACAAGAAUCAUCCAUCGAGAAAUGUUUCUGAUCUUGAAGAAAAUUGUACUACAGCACAUAUCGAAACAGACACACAAAAUCAAAUGGAAACUGAAGAAAAACCAGAAGCUAGUUUAUCAGAAGUGCAAGGAGUCGAUAAGAACAAACAAGUAGUUGGUGAAGUUGAUCAAAAUUUAAUUAAAGAGUGUCGUCCAAAGUUAUUCAACAUGGUUAUGGUCAACUCAUUUGGAAGCUCUGAGUUGAGACAACUGGAACAAGACGAUAACAGGCCAAUUCAAUUUAGAGGUGAAUUAGUGUUUUUGUGAACAGCAUUGUAACAUGUUGAUUUUUUGCUUAUCAACUUAUGGGAAUAUAUGUGUGUGUGUUUUGCUUAAGUUAACGCUGAUUAGGAUCUUGAACAGCCCUCUAAGUGGUGACUAGUUAGUUGCCAUGGUGACUAAAUUUUCGAAUGGCAACUAAUCACUAACAGUUAGUUGCCAGUGGCCAGUUCAUGCAUUAGUA